AUGGCGCUGGUGCCCUGCCAGGUGCUGCGCGCCGCCAUCCUCCUGUCCUAUUGCUCCAUCCUGUGCAAUUACAAGGCCGUUGACAUGCCCGCGCAUCAGAACUAUGGAGGCAGCUGGAAAUUUCUGACCUUCAUAGACCUGGUUAUCCAGGCUGUCUUCUUCGGGAUCUGCGUCUUGACCGACCUGUCCAGUCUUCUCACUAAAGGAAAUGACAGUCAAGAGCAAGAGAGGCAGCUGAAAAAACUCAUUUCCCUCCGUGACUGGAUGAUGGCUGUUCUAGCUUUCCCUGUUGGAAUGUUUGUUGUGACGAUGUUUUGGAGCAUCUAUAGCUAUGACCGGGAACUGGUUUACCCAAAGGUGCUUGAUAAUUUUAUACCAGCGUGGCUAAACCAUGGAAUGGUGAGUAAAGUAGUGCAAAGACUUACUUGUAUGAACAAAACU